AAUGAGGAAAAUAUAAAAUUUGAAGGAAAAAAAUACAAAUAUUAAAGUCAGUGUUCGUGGCAUAACUAAGUACAUUUAUUUGUUAUGAACAGUGGUGUUGGAAGAUGAUCGAAAUAUGUGUGAUGACAAUAAAACUAAGAAGCCAUUGGUUACAGCCAACAGGAAGAAUCAUACAAGCAGUGAAACAGAAGAUGCAGUGCAGGCCUCUAAAGGCACUCCUGCUGUAACUAUUGCUGCUAUUUCUGUUGCAGUAGCAGAUCUUCCCAAUGCUCCUUCUCCUGCACCUACUACUGCCGUUACAAAAAGGUUUAUUGCACAGAGAAACUAUGUAGAAGCUAGAAAGCCACAACCUGCUGUUGAGGAGACAGAGAAACAUGAUGGAUCAACCAUAAAAGAGCAAGUAAAGAUGAAAAGCAAAAUAAUUUGUGCUUAUAAUGAGAUGGAAAAGGAUCAGAGAGAGCAAGAGAUGACUGAGAGAAGAGAACAAUACAACAGACAAGUUACAGAGACACAUGAACCUGAAAUGUGUCUGAAAACAAGAGAUGUGGGAUUAAAACAGUUACAAAAAGAAAAAGAAUAUGUACAGAGGAUGGAAGAUCACCUAGACAUGUUAGAACUAGAAAAUACCUCAUUAAUGGAUACAGUGAAGAACCAAAAGGAGGAAAUAGAACAUCUGCAGAGACAUCUGCAAGACACACACCCAGGCCUGGAACCCAGUCCCAGUUUGGCACCGACAGCUGCUUGGGAAAAUAAGGUCAUUAGUAAGAAGCACACUUCAGUAAUAACUGAGAUGGAAAACACAAUGAAGAGUUUACGGUCUGAAGUCUCCAGUCUUAAAACUUCCAAAGAGUCAAGCAAAAGAGAACUAGAAAAGUACAAGCAAUACUAUCUGGAAGAACUAAGAAAUAAGAACUUAUUAUUAUAUGAACUAAACAGGAUUAAUGACACCCAAGAAGAGUCCCACACAGAACAUCACACGAAAUUUGAGCAAAAUAUUUCUGCAUCAAAUUCACUGAAUACAAGGCUGAUUAAUAAAUCCUCUUGUGUGGAGAAACUUCACCAAUUGAAAAUGGAAGAUUGGCAAAAUUUGGUGGAGCCAUCCUCAAGCUCCGGAUCUACUCACGCCUACAUGGCAUGCUCUGCAUGGAUGUCUGGAAAUGAUAUGAAAGAACUAAGCGAAGAACUCAGUGACUUAAAACAACCCUUGCAACUUAGUUGGGAGGUGCAGAAAAAACAAAAGAGUAAUGUAGGAGAACUAGCUGGUCACAUUAUUGGGAAACCCUUUAAGAAGAUAAAUCAGGAACAUGAAAUUGGAGAAUGUGAUACCUGCAGAGACUUUGAAACCUGCCCAUCUGAAAUGAGCACUCCAGUUUCACUGCUGCAGUGUUCGGACAGACCACAAUUUAAGACUGACGAUGUGGUGCAUGUCUUACAGCAUGUACCUAGCAUAUGGCAAGAUCUGGGUUUGAUGGCACAAGCAACAGCUAAACCAUAUUCGGAAUUCUUAAGAGAGAACGACACAACUUCAGCAACAGAUGUGAUGGAAACCAAAAUUAGAAGCCUUAAAUCUAUGCUCUCUAAACUGAAAGUUAGCAGAGCAUUAAGUGUAUUGGAAUUGGAACGGUAUAAGUACCUCUAUCAAGAAGAACUAAGUGUUAGAAAAUCAUUUCAGUAUUACCUAAACAAGUAA